GAGCGGAAACCAGUCUCGCGCCCCCUGCAGGACUGGAGGAGGGUCGCGUCUCCUCCUCGCGCUAACUACCUUCGCCGCCGCCAUAUUAACACAGAGCAGAGAGGUGUUCGGACUGCCGUCCUCUUGUAAAUUCAGCACAAGAUUCCCCAAGGCUGCCCGCAAGUACAAUUGAAGCCCUGACAGGCGCAGCCAUGUCCGGCCCUGUCACGAGUCGAUCCCGCGUUUAUCCAGAUGUCAACACACAGAGACCGCGGGAAUACUGGGACUAUGAAUCUCACGUCGUAGAGUGGGGGAAUCAAGAUGACUACCAGCUGGUGCGGAAACUCGGCCGAGGGAAGUACAGCGAAGUGUUUGAAGCCAUCAACAUCACAAACAACGAGAAAGUAGUCGUCAAAAUACUCAAGCCAGUAAAGAAGAAGAAAAUUAAGCGGGAAAUCAAAAUUUUGGAGAAUUUGAGAGGCGGCCCCAACAUCAUCUCACUUCUAGACAUUGUCAAGGAUCCAGUGUCUCGAACCCCAGCUCUGGUAUUUGAACAUGUGAACAACACAGACUUCAAGCAAUUGUAUCAAACGCUAUCAGAUUACGACAUUCGGUUCUACAUGUACGAGAUCCUAAAGGCGUUGGACUACUGCCACAGUAUGGGAAUCAUGCACAGAGAUGUGAAGCCACACAACGUGAUGAUCGACCAUGAACACAGAAAGCUGCGUCUGAUAGACUGGGGUUUAGCAGAGUUUUAUCACCCCAGUCAGGAGUACAACGUCAGGGUGGCGUCUCGAUAUUUCAAAGGACCUGAACUGCUGGUGGACUAUCAGAUGUAUGACUACAGUUUAGACAUGUGGAGUUUAGGCUGCAUGUUGGCGAGUAUGAUCUUCCGGAAAGAGCCUUUUUUCCACGGACACGACAACUAUGAUCAGCUUGUACGGAUUGCCAAAGUCCUGGGCACAGAGGACCUCUACGACUACAUCGACAAAUACAACAUCGAGCUCGACCCGCGGUUCAACGACAUCUUAGGAAGACAUUCCCGGAAAAGGUGGGAACGGUUUGUCCACAGUGAGAACCAGCACCUGGUCAGUACCGAAGCGUUGGACUUCCUGGACAAACUGUUGCGCUACGACCACCAAGCUCGCCUCACCGCCCGCGAGGCCAUGGAGCACCCUUAUUUCUAUCCCAUUGUGAAGGAACAGGCGAGGAUGGGCUCCACUUCAGGCCUGUCCGCUGGAUCCACUCCUGUCAGCACGUCCAGUAUGAUCACAGGAGGCGUCACAUCCAUGUCCUCGUCCCAGCCGAUGGCCAACAUCGCCGGCUCUCCGGUCAUCUCGUCUCCCAGUGCUCUCGCCACACAGGUUCCUGCGGCUGCCGGUGCGAUGCCCUGAACACACACACACACACACACUCGCUCUCUCUGCCCUGGGCCACAGUUUUAUGUUGAGUGUAAACAAACUAAAGACAGACUAAACUAGGUUUCUUUUUUUUUUUCUUCCUUUUUUCUUUUUUUUC